AUGGCCCUGUUUCUGCUCGACGAGCUGGAGAAGAACGAGGCGUUGCGGGGCGCACCGAACGAUGUUCUGUUGUUUUACUUCCUCGACACGAGGAACGAGAAGCGUAAUACCGCUGUGACGCUUCUUCGAGGCCUGAUCUAUCUGUUGCUCCAAGCUCGUCCGGCGCUGCUGAGCCAUAUUCUACCCGACUUCGAGAUCCAGAAGGAGGGCUUGUUUGCACAGACGUCCUUCGAAGCGCUGUGGAGGAUAUUUGCAAGCAUGUUGCGGGACCCGGCCAUCGGGACCGUACGCUGCCUGAUCGACGGGCUCGACGAGUGCCAAGAAGCCAGUCUGGUCCGCCUCUUGCGAAAGAUCACGAUCUUGUUUGGACAAGAGCAGCAUGCUCACCGGAAGUCUCGUAUGGAAGGCGCCCAUCUGAAGAUGAUCCUCAUCAGCCGCGAGGCGCCGGCUUGUAUCCUUAACAAUCUCGCCAGCUUCCCACGCAUCGAUAUUUCCACUGCGCCUACCGGCGGCAAAUUUCGGAAGACCAUCGUCAACCAGGAAAAGGGGCCGACUGUGACGACGACGACGACGACUUCGCUUGGGGACUCUUCCCAACCCAAAAGAAGGUUGGCACACAUAAUCAGGUUGGCCAUGCAAGAGAGGCAAGCCAGUUUGGAGGCCGAAACAGCCAACGCGCAGAGAAUUGACGGCCAUAACAAACCCCAGCCCGCGCUUGAACACGGGUUUGCGAGUCUAUCCCUGGAGGAGUCUGCUUCACCUCCGCCGCUGAACCACACAGGUCACGGGGCUGCCAGUCAGCAGACCGCGGCGGACCAGUAUACGUUCGACCCGCCUGUAGAGGAUGAAGACACAGAUGAGUCUCAAGACCCAUUUGCUGACCCGUCCAACGACCAGGAGUCGGAGACCCAUGCUCAGUGGGUUAUCCAAGCCCACGUCGAGGCGCAAGACGACGAGGAAGAAAUAGAGACCGGACAGGGUUCUCUGGAACACUACAUUGAUGCUAGGGUUGCCGAACUGUCACGGGAGAUGGGAUAUGACGAGUCCGUUUCCGCCAUGGUCGAUGCUGGGCUUCGUAGCAGGGGUGACGGCACGUUCCUCUGGGUCAAUCUCGCUGUCGAUGAGAUCAAGCGGCACCCUGUUUCCCAGCUAGAGGAUGUCGUGGACCAACUGCUGCCGGGCAUCGACAACAUGUACUGCCGCGCGCUGCUUCAGAUUCCUCCCAGUCUCGUUCCUUUGGCAGCGGCUCUUCUCCGGUGGGUCAUCGCUGCUCAGCGGCCCAUGUAUCUGAGCGAGCUAUCGACCGCCCUCACCCUCAUGGGCUUCCACUCCUCCGACCCUCCCGAGAUGGUCAGGCAGGGUAUCGCAGCGUGCGGAGCUUUGCUGUCUCUGACAGAAGACGAGACAGUGCAGAUACCUCAUCUGUCGGUCGAGGAUUUCCUGACGGCGAGAAGCGGUCCACUUUGGAGCGAUGCCAACCUCUCCCAGUUCUACGUCGACACAGCUCAGGUGGAUGGUGAGAUCGCAUCUCUCUGUAUACGCUACCUUGAGCAAGGGUGUCUCAAUGCCGGAUGGGUAUCGGGCGAAGUCGAUGAUCAAGCCAAGGCACAGCGGCGAGUUGCCGAGUUUCCACUUCUUGUGUAUGCCGUAAUGUUUUGGCCGGACCAUUUGCGGACGGCAUCGCAUCCCCAGGUCGACCUCUCCUCGCUCUUCUUCCAGAGUAACUCGGCUAUCAGGAAGAGUUGGUGGUUGACAUACUACAACUGGACCUCGAAGAAGAGCUUUUAUUGGGUGCCUCACAACUUCAACCUCCUCCAUCUGGCCGCCUACGUCAACAUACCCUACAUUGCGCGGCAAAUGGAACUCGCUGGCACUCUGGCCCCGCGCCUCGACAGCAAAGAUAGUGAUGGAUACUCGCCUUUGGCCAUUGCCGCCUCUGCAGGCAACACGGAGAUAUUUGCCUAUCUAUCCGAGCGAGGAGCCAGCCAAGAGUGUCCGGGGGGCGAAGACGUUUUCCGGUUGGCUUGUGAGAAAGGACAGGCCCAGAUCGUAAAUUACCUGCUGGACGAGGGGUACGAUGUCAACAAAAUAUACGAUCCCAGCGGCAAGGAUUUGUUCAAGGCCGUUCUUAGUUUUGCUCGCCGGCCCCUCGGUUUCGUCAAGGAAUUUAAGACCCUUGAGAGAGACCACUUGUCUCUGUUAACCAGUAACUCCGACUGCGGUAACACGGGCUUGGAUCUGGCCUGCGUUUUUGGUCACGCGUCAGUCGCGGAGCUGUUUCUUCGCAGGGGUGCCGACAUUUCCAUCGCAAGCGAAACCGGCUGGACCGCCCUUCAUGCCGCCGCGUGGACGGGGCAACUUGAAUGCGUCGUGCUUCUUCUGCAACACGGCGCGGACGUUCUCGUGGCCACUGACGGCGGACUCAAUGCCCUCCACUGCGCCGCGUCUCGAGGGAAGACAUCGGUGGUCUCUCUCGUCCUUGAGCAAGGGGUGGAGGUCGAUGGUCUCACGAUAAAGGAGAAGACAGCGCUGCAUCUUGCCGCAGCUACCGGGGGCUCCGAGACAGUCAAGGUGCUUGUUGCCGCCGGCGCCUCUACCGAAGCCCUGUCCCAAAAAGGAGAGACGCCUUUGCACGUGGCGGCGCGCAAGGGAAACCCAAAGGCCGUCGAGGCGUUGCUCGCGAUGGGAGCAGAUCCACACGCUAUCAACAUGGAAGGAAAAUCCCCGGGCGAGAUGUUGAAGGGCAUCAAAAGCUUGACGGAAGAACAAAAGGAAGCGUUGAGGAUAAUAGAAACGUUUGGCACGACCGGCAGUAUGACGAGCGAGUCGUACCAGGAGGCAUCCGAAGCCCCAGCGGCCACAACAAUGAGCCCAACCACAGGAGCAGGAAGCCCUUCUCCUGGCCUUUUAUCACCGACCUCCACUCUCACAUCUUCCUCUCCUUCCAACUCGCUACCAGGCUAUUCCACAUCUGCCAACCAGGGCCAUUCAUCACCGCAUGAGAGUUGGCAAAACCCUCACCAAUCUUACUCUGGUUCAUCGGCAUACAGCCCCGGCGCGUAUUCGUCACCCCCAUCGCAGUUCGCGGCAGGUCCGCGACUGUACGAGCCUGCUCUGGCAACAGUCUACCAGUAUCCCGGUCAACAGCAAACCCAGCAGCACUACGGACAAGUGUUACCGCCACCGUUUAGCUACACGCCUGGGAUGGGUGGGCAACAGGGAAAUGCCGCCAUGGGGACGUAUCUGCAACCACCGUCACAAGUGCCGUCAACCGUCCAAAAGAGAAAGAGUUUACUGAGCUUAAGGGGCUUAUCGGAGAGGGCGGAGAGGCUUCUCAAGUAA